AGGGGCUGCACUCAUGGCCGCAAGGGAAACUCGUCGGUUAGAGUUAUCUUUCGUAACGUGAUGCUAGGAAACGACAUGACACAAGCAAGCGAAGGUGAUCGUCUGAGGCAAAGUGGACAAUUUUGUUCUGCAAUUAACUGUCAGAGCGCCAGGUUUAAAUUAAGUCCUGAAAGAAAACAUUUCCACUCCUUCCCAAAGGACGACGAGAGGUGCAAAAUAUGGAUGAAUUUUACAAGAAGAAAAUAUUUUGACCAUCUUACACUGUCUGAUGUGUAUAGAAAAGAAGAACAAGCAGAUAUUGCAGUUGAGCCUGCAUGCUCUAGAACUGGGCCAGAUGCUCCUACAAAAGCUGAAUUAAAGCUAAAUCUCAGUUGAUUCGACUUCUGCGGGAAGAGCUAAUAAGCAUUGACCUCUGCUGUCCACUUGGUGCAUGUGAUCUGAAAGGGAGUGUGAUUAAUCUAUUAUCAAUGUUCACUUUAAUUUUUCUCUUAAAGAUAGCUGUGUUGUUUUUUGACAAAGGAACAAAAAGAAAUUAAAAAAAUGUUGAAGUUACA